UAAAAAUACCAAGAGAUCGACGUCAUUUUUGGAACUACAUCGUACGUAUGAAUAAUGAAUAUACAGAUACUUAAUAUAAUGAUGAUGAUCAAUUAGACUUAAUUUUCUUAAGGCCAAGAAAAUGGCAGAGCUACCGAUCCCCGAGAAGGUGAAGAAGUUAUGGGGUGUAUGGAAUCUCAGGGGAGGUAUUCUACUAAGCCUCUUUAUCCAAAUUUUCUUGAUGUUGUUUGCUUCUCGGCGCCAACGAUCCAGAAGCUCAUUGCUACGGAUAUUCAUCUGGUUGGCCUACUUGCUAGCCGACUGGCUUGCCGCCGUCUGCAUCGGACUAAUCACCAAAACACAGAUUGACUCUUGUAAUGGCAAGGCAGAUGAUCACAUUUUGGCCUUCUGGGCAUCUUUCCUUCUCAUCCAUCUCGGUGGCCCAGAUACCAUUACUUCAUUUGCUCUCGAGGAUAAUGAGUUCUGGGUCAGACACGUGAUUGGACUCAUUUUACAGGUUUUGGUUGCUGCUUACAGCUUGUUUCUGACUCUUCCGAAUAACAAGUUAUGGUUCCCAACACUCCUUAUCUUCGUGGUUGGAACUAUUAAGUUCGGAGAGAGAACUUUCGCUCUGUAUUUGGCUAGUUCUGACCAUUUUGCGGAGACCAUUUUGCCGAAGCCGGAACCUGGACCGGAUUACGAAGAGGCUAUAGACGUUUACACUCAAAACAGGGCAGUCUCGGUCAGAACCCGUCCAGAUCAGAAGAAAACGACGACACCAAAUGUUGCAAAUUUUCCCAAGGAAGAUGAAGUACUCGAGGAUGAGAAAGAGUACUCUUUAGAUGAAAAGAUUACACUCUUGGCAGAAGCACAUGACAAUUUCAAAAGCUUCAAAGGGCUCAUCGUUGGCCUACUUCUAAGCUCCAAAGAACGAGAAUCAAGCCGAAAAUCUUUUCUCAAACGAAAACCUAAGGAAGCUUUUUUGUUGAUAGAGUACGAGCUCAGCUUCAUGUACCAAGUUCUCCACACCAAAGUGGUCGUAGUGCGUCGAAAAAUCGGGUACAUCCUCCGAAUUUUAAGUCUUUUUUUCACAGUCGGUGCCUUAAUGGUCUUCUUUAUCGUGGAGAAACACAAGUUCGGUAGGUUUGAUGUCGUUCUAUCUUAUGCCUUGCUAUUUGGAGCCCUUGUUAUCGAUUUCUUUUCUGUUAUUCAUCUCAUUUUCUCUGAGUGGACUCUUAUUGCUCCUGACAAGAACUGGUGGAGAACAAGUGUUGCGAACAUAGCCCUGAGAGGAAAAAGGUGGUCUGGGACGGUUUCCCAGUAUGAUAUGAUUAAGUAUUGUCAAGAUGAACGCACAGUACUAGUAUCAUGUGUCUACAAAUUGGCUGUUUAUCUUUGCAUUAUUAGGGGUAUUCUAGACCGUGUCAAACUCUGGUUAUAUUCGACCACAGCAACUGUAGAUACUAGUUUGAAGACGUUUAUUUUUGAGGAGCUGAGAACAAAAGCUAAUACUGCAAACUCUUUGAGGGGUGCCAUGGAGGCGUGUUCACAAAGAGGUGAUUGGGCUCUCUUGGAGACUUCUAACUACAUUAAGCUUAAAUGGAGUGUUGGGGAGUUUCAAUAUGCUGAAAGUCUUCUUUUAUGGCAUAUAGCUACCGAACUCUGUUACAGUGAAAGUCCAAGUCUAUGGGAAAAUCAGAGUAAAAAACUUUGUAAACUACUUUCAGAUUAUAUGUUUUCUCUUUCGGUCAAGCAAGGGUCUAUGCUGGCUCCAGUUUUAGGAAACUGGCACAUAGUGUUUCAAGAUACUUGUGCGGAAGCCAAGAGAUUUUUCCAUAAGCACCAAUUAGUGAGCCAUUCGGAAUCUUGUAAGAAAAUUAUUGACACGAAAACUAAUUUAAGGCCUGCUGCUGUGAAAGGGAGCAAAAGCAAGUCUGUAUUGUUUGAUGCUUCUAAACUUGCGAAAGAUCUUCAGAGCUUGGGCACAGGCCAAUGGAGGCUAAUGAGUCGAGUGUGGGUGGAAUUGUUGUCGUACGCUGCCAUAAAUUGUAGACCAAUUGUACAUGCUCAGCAGCCUAGUAAAGGUGGUGAGCUUCUCACUUUUACUUGGUUACUUAUGAAUCAUUUGGGUUUGGGAACUCAGUUCUAUGAGCAGGAACUGCAAGAUGGAACCAAACUGGUGGCAGUAAAGUAAGUUUUACUAAUGUGUGACCAAGCAAGGGAAUACCCAUUUCACUCGAGGGAAAAAGAAGACUAGUAGAAUCACAGAAAUGAUUUAGUCUUCUCUUAAUUGCAUUUUAUGUUAAACAAUGUACUUUGGCUAUUAAUGACAAUAAACUCUUUAGUAUGACUGGA